ACGUAAUAAUGUACCUAAGUCCUGAAUGUUUUAAUGCCCUGAAAUAUCCUGCCUUUUGGCGGAACAGAAAGGAUCCCUCGCUCAAGAAGUUCUUAGACUUCCGACGCUGUAUGGGUGACUUAAACGACCCAGAGAUGGAACACAGUCGAUACAAUCUUGAACAAAAUGCUAUUACUAGUUAUUAUAAUGAAACAACUGAAAUCGGGAAGAAGGCGCAGAAAUUGAAGAAAGAAUUUAAGGCGCGUUAUUUUGUUUUGUUGGGUUUUUCGGAUUGCUUGUUCGCACAGACACCUUGUGAGUUGCUUGCUUGCAAGGCAAAAGUUGCUUGCUUGUCUGUGGAUGAUAAAAAAUCGAGUUCGGUAAAACUCUUUUGGAACCUAGAAGACAUUAUCAUGGAAUCCGAGGUAGUUAAUGAAAGAGCCCAAUUGCAGUGGAAAGAAGGAAUGAUGGAGUUCGAAGAAAUAGGUCUCAGCCAUCUUAAGGAAACUUCUUCCGCUGUGAAAAAAAAACAAAUUUCGACUUACAAACGGAAUGCCUCAAAAAUCGAUGAAGAAACUGUUUCUGCAACAUCAACAAAAAAGGCCAAAACGUUUAACGUUUCCUUUGAUGAAUAUGUUGAAAAUGAUAGAAGUGACAUUUCCGAUGAUUCCGAAAUUCUCGACGUGGAACCUUUGUCAGGCUGGGAAUUCGAUACACCGAUGCCAAGCUG